GCACACUCAGAAGCUUGGACACAUCCCAGCCGGUUCACAAGGCAGGUGGGUGGGGAAAACCAGAUUUGCCAUGGAGAAAAUUUCAAUGUCAGCGUUCUUGCUCCUUGUGGCCCUCUCCUACAGUCUGGCCAAAGAGACCACAGUCAAACCUGGAGCUAAAAAGGACACAAAGGACUCUCAACCCAAACUGCCACAGACCCUCUCCAGAGGUUGGGGUGAUCUACUCAUCUGGACUCAGACAUAUGAAGAAGCUCUAUACAAAUCCAAGACGAGUAACAAGCCCUUGAUGAUUAUUCAUCACUUGGAUGAAUGCCCACACAGCCAAGCUUUAAAGAAAGUGUUUGCUGACAAUAAAGAUAUCCAGAAAUUGGCGGAGCAGUUUGUCCUCCUCAAUCUAGUUUAUGAAACAACCGACAAACAUCUUUCUCCUGAUGGCCAGUACGUCCCCAGGAUUAUGUUUGUGGACCCAUCCCUGACAGUCAGAGCUGACAUCACCGGAAGAUAUUCAAAUCGUCUCUAUGCUUAUGAACCUUCGGACACAGCUUUAUUGCUUGACAACAUGAAGAAAGCUCUCAAGUUGCUGAAGACUGAAUUGUAGAGAAAAAAGCAAAGCCUUCAAGCUCUUUGCUUUGUUUCGAGCCUUGAGACUUGGAACCAGGGACUUCAAAAGACCAGAGAAUGCAGAAGCCCAGAUGGACAUGCAGAUUAGAUUAUGGUUUAAUGUUACAGCCUCUAUUUUUUUUUAAUGGUUUCAAGUAUACAUGUAUAAAAACAAUAUCAUUAUCUACCUUAAUGAGCCAUGAUUUUCUAAAAAAUAAAUCCUUACGGGGGUAGCCAAACUGAA